GUUGACCGUAUGCUGCUGUUUUUUUGGUAGUUGGUACUGCGGUCUCCGUUCACUCUCUUGUUCUGUUUAGCUAACAGAGCUCGGUUCGGAGUUACAACUCGAGUGAAGAACACAAGCAGCGCAGCGCGUUGCUCACGACGUUGCUGUGAAUGAAAGUCACGUCUUUACCCAGGCAACCUGAGUAAUACUAGCCGCUUUGCCCGCCCUUCGUCGUGUGAGAAAUCGUAUGAGAAAAUAAGUGCUCUAGCUAACGCGGCUGCUGAUGAAGACGAGUUGAGAGCCGGUCAUUUUGUACACCGCCGGCGUUGUUAGCGGUAGGAACUUGGCUUGCGGGAUGAUGGAGCCACAGCAGCAGAGAGCCAUGGAAAUAAAUGAUGCCAACCUCCAAAGUCUCACAGAGGUCCUGCGGAAAACACUGGACCCAGAUCCGACCGUUAGGCGACCAGCUGAGAAGUUUCUUGAGUCUGUAGAAGGGAACCAGAACUACCCAAUCUUGUUACUCACUCUACUGGAGAAAUCUCAGGACAACGUGAUCCGUGUCUGCGCAGCUGUAACUUUCAAGAACUACAUCAAAAGGAACUGGCGCAUUGUGGAAGAUGAACCCAACAAAAUCUCAGAGGCAGAUCGCUCUGCUAUCAAGGCCAACAUUGUGAAUCUAAUGUUGAGCAGCCCAGAGCAGAUUCAGAAACAGCUUAGCGAUGCCAUCAGCAUCAUUGGCAGAGAAGACUUUCCACAAAAGUGGCCUGACCUCCUGAGGGAGAUGGUGAACCGCUUCCAAAGUAGAGACUUCAACAUCAUCAACGGGGUGCUGCGCACUGCUCACUCCCUCUUCAAGAGGUACCGGCAUGAGUUCAAAUCCAAUGAGCUGUGGAUGGAAAUCAAGCUUGUGCUGGAUACUUUUGCCCAGCCAUUGACUGAGCUCUUUAAGGCUACCAUUGAGCUUUGCCAGACACAUUCCACAAACGUCAGUGCACUCAAGAUUCUUUUUUCAUCCUUAACACUCAUCUCAAAACUGUUCUACAGCCUCAACUUCCAGGAUCUUCCUGAAUUUUUUGAAGAUAACAUGGCGACUUGGAUGACAAAUUUCCACAAUUUAUUGACAUUGGAUAAUAAGCUUCUUCAAACAGAUGAUGAGGAGGAGGCUGGUCUGCUGGAGUUGCUGAAAUCUCAGAUCUGUGACAAUGCAGCCCUGUAUGCACAGAAGUAUGAUGAAGAGUUCCAACCAUACCUGCCCCAGUUUGUCACUGCCAUAUGGAACCUUCUUGUCACCACAGGACAGGAGGUCAAAUAUGACUUGCUAGUGAGCAAUGCCAUCCAGUUCCUGGCCUCUGUAUGCGAAAGACCACACUACAAGCAUUUGUUUGAGGAUCAGAACACCUUGACCAGCAUCUGUGAGAAGGUCAUCAUCCCCAACAUGGAGUUCAGAAGUGCAGAUGAGGAGGCAUUCGAAGACAACUCUGAGGAGUACAUCAGAAGGGACCUUGAAGGUUCAGACAUCGACACACGACGCCGAGCAGCCUGUGACUUGGUCCGUGGCCUGUGCAAGUUCUUUGAGGGCUCUGUGACUGGCAUCUUCUCCGGCUAUGUUAACUCCAUGCUCGCAGAGUAUGCCAAAAACCCCAGCGCUAACUGGAAACACAAGGAUGCUGCCAUCUACCUGGUGACAUCACUAGCUUCCAAGGCACAGACUCAGAAGCAUGGGAUAACACAAGCUAACGAGCUGGUGAACCUAACAGAAUUCUUUGUGAAUCACAUUCUUACAGACCUAAAGUCCCCCAACCUUAAUGAGUUUCCAGUGCUAAAGGCAGAUGCCAUUAAAUAUGUUAUGAUCUUCAGGAGUCAGCUUCCGAAAGAGCAACUUCUUCAGGCCGUACCACUACUGGUGGCCCACCUCCAAGCUGAGAGCAUAGUACAACACACCUACACUGCUCAUGCUCUCGAGAGGCUCUUCACUAUGAGAGGCUCCAACAACUCCACACUCCUUAGCCCAGCAGAGAUAGUGCCCUUCACAGAGCAGCUUCUGAACAACCUCUUCAAAGCUCUGGCUUUGCCUGGAUCUUCUGAAAAUGAAUACAUCAUGAAAGCGGUCAUGCGCAGCUUCUCCCUCCUACAGGAAGCCAUUGUGCCCUACAUUCCCACCCUGAUUGGCCAGCUCACACAAAAGCUCCUCCUAGUCAGCAAGAACCCCAGCAAGCCACACUUCAACCACUACCUGUUUGAGUCCCUGUGCCUGUCCAUCAGAAUCACUUGCAAGGCUAACCCUACAACAGUAGUCAGCUUUGAAGAAGCACUCUUUCCUGUAUUCACGGAGAUCCUGCAAAAUGACGUGCAAGAGUUUGUGCCAUAUGUGUUCCAGGUGAUGUCCCUGCUACUGGAGAUUCAUUCUAGCUCCAUUCCUUCGUCCUACAUGGCCCUGUUCCCACACCUGUUGCAGCCCGUACUGUGGGAGCGCACUGGGAACAUUCCUCCACUUGUGCGCCUUCUGCAGGCCUACUUGCAGAGAGGGGGGUCCAUCAUUGCCAACACUGCCACUGACAAAAUUCCGGGUUUGCUGGGAGUGUUCCAGAAGCUUAUUGCUUCAAAGGCCAAUGACCACCAAGGCUUCUAUCUGCUCAGUAGCAUCAUUGAGCACAUGCCCCCGGAGUCUAUAAGUCAGUACCGGAAACAGAUCUUCAUUCUGUUGUUCCAGAGACUUCAGAGUUCAAAAACUACCAAGUUCAUUAAGAGUUUCCUGGUCUUCAUUAACUUAUAUUGCGUGAAGUAUGGUGCAAUUGCAUUGCAAGAGAUAUUUGAUGACAUACAGCCAAAGAUGUUCGGCAUGGUGUUGGAGAAGUUAGUUAUCCCGGAUGUCCAGAAGAUUUCUGGUCAGGUAGAGAAGAAGAUCUGCGCUGUGGGCAUCACCAAAGUUCUGACUGAGUGUCCAGCCAUGAUGGAUACAGACUACACCAAGCUUUGGACCCCUUUGCUCCAGGCUCUUAUUGGUCUGUUUGAGCUGCCAGAGGAUGACAGCAUCCCUGAUGAUGAGCACUUUAUCGACAUUGAGGAUACCCCUGGGUACCAAACUGCCUUCUCCCAGCUAGCCUUUGCUGGGAAGAAGGAGCAUGACCCCAUUGGUGAUGCUGUCGGCAAUCCCAAGAUUCUCCUCGCCCAGUCUCUGCACAAGCUGUCCACUGCAUGCCCAGGAAGGGUGCCCUCCAUGCUGAGUACCAGUCUGGAUUCUGAGGCCCUUAAAUUCCUUCAGGGUUAUCUGCAAGCUGCCAGCGUGCAGCUGGUGUAGAAGGACUUGGCCAAGCACAGGACUCUUGUCACUCUGGAGACUGGGACAUGGUCUGACUCAGCUCAGUGGUGGACUUCCCCAGUGACUGACUGACCACUGUAAUGGAGAAACUUUGCAUUGAGUUCAAUAUGUUUCUGAUGGACUUGAGAUUUUAAAGUUUUAAUUUGAUUACAGUAAAUUUAGGGAAGUGGCAUUCAAAUAUAAGAACAGCAACUUUCUUAUGAAACCUUUUGACUUGUACAUGAGGAGUAUUGAAGCGAUCUGCAUGCGGUUUGAAGAAAAGAUUGAUGCGUUAUGGAAAGAGCUACGACACAUGCACACACAGCUUAGUGACAUUUCAUGCUUUUGGUUGAUUUGUACAUCAAGCCAGUUGUUGGUCUUAACACUGAAGUAUCAGAUGGCUGUAGCAUACUUCCAUUCAUGUUAGUAACGUAACGCAAACCGUCGUUGAUGUGGUGGACAAAGACCUUUGACAAUACUGCAGUCCCCUGGCAUAGAACUGGUCUACACAGCAGUCAGCAUAAUUGCAUAAUUUCUAAAACCUUUUUCCAUGCAAACUUGUUUUUCCCCCCCAGUUUAACUGUGUAGUGCUUAUUUGCAAGGGGAGAUUUUUUUUCCCCCUUUUUUUCCCCCCCCUCCCUUUCUCUUAUGUUUGCAUCCAAAUUGCUCAGAUGUAGUGUCUUGUCUUUGUAUUGUUCAAGUUUCUGCUAAUAAAGAAC